UUUUAGGUGCGAGGGGAGGGGGGAGGGUGCGACUAGGCAAGACGCUGCGUAUCAAAGAGUAGGAGCAGUCGCAAGGGAUAUUAGCCCAGCGGGGAGAGCAAUGCAACACAGGUUGUCACGGGGAGGGAGGGGGAGAUGCAAUGGGAUGGCGGCAUGCGACCGCAACAGGAGCAUGAAAGGGACAUUAGGGAGAGGAAGGCCAUAUACGUGGUGGGAGAGGGUAUUAGAUAUGAGAAGGACAUAGGGGGGAAGAGCGGAGAGGAGGGACAGUAAUAAGAGGUAGUGGUGGCAGGAGCCCUGGCGGGCCCAGCACCAGAGAUAACAGAAUAGGGAAUAUGGAAAGAGAAAGGUCAAGUGGCAAUAACAUAGGAGAGCAGAGGGGGGAACCCAGGGAAGGAGAAGCGGUUUAUAGGGGGCGGUCAGUAAGGGAGAAUGAAGGGGCGCAGAGGUGGGUAGAUGUAUAUAGCGAGGGACAGCAUAACCAGAGGCCCCAGAAGAGAUAUAGAACGGAGGAGAGGGGGAGGGUUAGGCCUAGGACAAUAAAGGAUGUAGAGGGUAACACUUAUGUGAUGGUGGAGGAAGACCAGGGAGUAGAGGAAAGGGGAGGGGCAGGCAGAAGGGAGGAUAGGAACAGGGAAUGGUGAAGAGGGAGAAAUGAGGGAUCAGAAGAGGAGGCAUACACAUAUACUAACACAAAUUUGAAUGCAUUUCAGAAAGAAUUGGGGAGCGGCACAGCAAGGUGCGCAAUGGGAAAAGAUGGAAGGGAAGGAAACUCCGCAAAAGCAAAUGAGAGAGGAGAGGGGAGCACAAAGGACAAGGGGAAGGAGCAGAACGGUCAACCGAAACAAGGUAAGAAAAUAAUGUAUUGCAUAGAUAAAGGGUCGGACAGUUCAUCUGAAUGGGACUCUGAUGAUGAUAAAGUGCAGGGGGAAGGUAAUAGGAGAAUUUUAAAGUUUGUAAAAAAGAUAUACGCCAAACAGGGAAAAAAGGGGAUGAGUGAAGCCCCGGUAGGUGGGGAUGGUAGCGAGGGAGAAUUUGACGCAGAUGACGAGGUUACAGGGACAAAGCUAAUGCCGUUAACAACUCAUUUAAAAGCAAAAGUUAUAGUGAAAGCGCAGAAGGGAAGGUAUGUAGAUGUGUUUGAGAUUACAAGGGAGGCAGUGGCGUUAAAAUCCAGAAGUGAUGAGGGAAAAGGUAAGAAACUGAAGCAAUCAUUUCCAGAGUGGGUAAAAGGGAUGGUGAUAUACGCUGAAUGUUUUUUAUCGGAAAAUCCGGGAAAGGUAAAAGGGAUGCUGAAGUAUAUACACCUGAUAUCGGAAUGUUAUACAACUUAUGGGGGUUUUGGGUGGAAGGAUUAUGACGGCGAAUUUAGAAGAGGGAACCUGCAGUUAGGGGAAAAAGGAAGGAAAGAAUUCGGUAUAAAAAUAUUGGAUAUGUGGACGCGCUUAAUAAAACCAGCAGAUAGCAUGGUGCAAAGACCGCUAGCAUUAGGAUCUGCGAGGCCGGUGAAAACAGAGGGGAAGGAGUGUUGGGCCUAUAAUGAGAAGCAGUGUGAUAGGGGUAAUGGGUAUAAAUUCAGGCACAUAUGCAGGUAUUGUGGGGGUUUUCAUGCAGGGGCAGAAUGUCGAAAAAAUGGCGGGGGGAAUAACAAGCAGUUUUUUCGUGGCCCAGGGGGAAACGGUAACGGAGGAGCAAUGGGGAAUGGCCAGAACACUACUGAGGGUAGAUAGGCUGACAAAGGAAUUAAGAAAUUAUGAUAAUAAAGACGAUAGGACAUUGCUGGAAAAAGGGUUAACAGAGGGAUUUGUAGUACCGGUAAGAAAUGAAGUGACAGGGGAAAUUAAGGUCAAGAACUUAAAAUCUGCAACAGAGUACCCGGCGGUACUGCAGGAAAAAUUAGACAAGGAAAUAAAAUUGGGGAGGAUGGUGGGGCCAUUUAAGGAAAUACCUAUUCAGGGGUUAGUCAUAUCACCAUUGGGGGUGGUACCUAAGAAAGAAAAAGGUAAAUUUCGUAUGAUACAACACCUGUCAUAUCCAAGGGGGAGGUCUGUAAAUGAUGCGAUAGAUAAGGCAGACGCGUCAGUACAGUAUCAGUCAUUUAAUUUGGCACUAAAAAUGGUGAAUGAGGAGGGGAGGGGCGCUUUAAUGGCAAAAAUUGACAUAGAAUCCGCUUUUAGGCUGUUACCAUUGAAUCCAGCCAGUUUCAGGCUAAUGGGGUGUAGAUUUAACAAGAAAUUUUACGUGGAUAAGUGUUUGCCGAUGGGCUGCUCUGUAUCAUGCUCCAUUUUUGAGAAAUUUAGUACAUUUCUCCAUUGGUUGUUGUCAGCAAGGACAGGUUCAGAUAGAAUCGUGCAUUACUUGGACGAUUUCAUGGUGGUGGGUCCAGCGGGGAGCGGUGCAUGCGCAAGGCUAAAAGGCUCGCUAGUUGAUAUGUUGGCGGAGCUAGGAGUCCCAGUGGCAGUCGAGAAAUCUGAAGGGCCUAGUCAGCGGUUGUCAUUUUUAGGUAUAAUGAUAGACGCAGUGAAAGGACAAUGCGAGCUGCCGGAAGAAAAAAUAGAGAAGGCGCACCAAUUAAUAAGAGAAAUGCUAGGGAGAAAGAAAGUAGCGCUACAAGAUAUGCAGAAGUUGCUAGGCGUCCUUAAUUUCGCAUGUAGAGUAAUACCGGUAGGAAGAAUAUUUAAGAGAAGGCUGCAACUGGGGACAGCGGGAGUAAAGAAACCUGAGCACUUGAUUAGAUUGACAGGCGAGAUGAAAGAGGAUUUGAGAGUAUGGGAUACCUUUUUAGUAGACUUUAAUGGAAUCAGGAUAUGGCCUGAAGUAACAGCAGCAAGUGAGUUAGAGCUUUACACAGAUGCAGCGGGGAGUGCGGGUUUUGGGGCAUACUUGCAAGGGAGAUGGUGCGCGGGCAAAUGGCCUGUGGGCUGGGAAGCCAGCGGAUGGGUAAAAAACAGCGUUACUGGAGUUAUUUCCCAUAGUGGUAGCAUUAGAACUAUGGGGCAGUCUGUUAGCAAAUAAGAGCAUUACAUUUUGGUCUGACAAUCAAGGGGUGGUGGACGCAGUUAAUAACCUUUCAGCAUCUUCAAUGCCAGUUAUAAAAUAUUUGCGUUAUAUGGUUCUGAAAUGCCUGCAACUAAAUAUUUGCUUUAUGGCUAAGCAUAUCCCAGGAUACAAAAACGUGAUAGCGGACGCCCUGUCCAGAUUUAAGUGGGAGAGAUUUAGGGAGGCCGCGCCAGCAGCUAGAAAGGAAGGUGAAAGAUGCCCCAUCUUUCUUUGGCAGAUUGGGAGCGCAUAGAGGGGAUAAAGAAAAUGGUGGAAAAGUCAUUGGCGCCAAGAACAUGGAGGGCAUACGACACCUAUUGGAAGCAGUGGCUGGAGUGUAGAGUGUUACGGGUAUGGGUGGUUGGCCACUCAUACGUGCAUUGGGCCAGGGCAAGGGCAAUGGCGUCAGGGUUAGGAGAGAAUUUAGGCUUUGCGCACAGGUUAGCAAGCAUAAGAUGGAUAGGAAAAAGGGGCAUGCGCUGGGGCGAGUUAGUUGCCACCAUACAGCAGACAAGGAAAAGAUGGGGGCCCCCAGACGCGCUGAUAAUACAUUUGGGAGGUAAUGAUAUAGGCGCACUCCCCUUAAAAGAAUUGGAGGACAGCAUAAAAGGGGUAAUUAGCUGGUUAAAGGUUGCCUGGCCGCAAGUGCAGGUUAUAUGGUCAAAUAUAAUAUCCAGGAUAAGAUGGCGCAACACGAAUACGCAAAGGGCAGGAUAUAGGUCACGGAGGCGAGUUAAUCAGGUAGCAGCGAAGAUAGUCAGGGAGAUAGGUGGAAGGGUGCUGGAGCAUCCCUUGAUCGUGGCAAAACGAGAGGAGCUGUUCCGGGCUGAUGGAGUGCACCUGAACGAGGAGGGGAACGAUCGGUUUUUGGAGGACAUAAGGAUGUUGGUGGCAGAGCUCGCACAGGUUCAUUAAGAAAGAGCCAGUCAUAAUCGGAGAGGUCACAAAAACGAAGAGGAGAACAAACAGACGCAGAUAUGGGCAGGAUGCUGACCAAUUGGUUGGAUCUAUAUAAGACCGCCUGUGUUCCCUUAAGGAAAGAAAUAGCUGCAGCUGAGGCUAAGCGGGUGACGCAAAUCGGUCUAUGCUAGCCAGAGGCAUUAAGAUUCAGCAGCUAUUAGGAGUCGGAAGAGCGUUAAGGUGGAGAGUGGUGAAAACGGGUCUUACACGUGGGUGGGGCAUCGAGGACGUGGGAAGAUCCCGCUGCACAUUCGGCUUGGCGCCGUGAUCCGGUGGUCUAGCUGCUGGGCAGACUGUGCAGCGGGUUCUCUCGGGCAAUUCCUCGUGCCACGGCACGGGGGGAGUUUUGUGGUCAUCACCCCCGGAAACGUAGAUUCAUCUUCAGUGGAAAUGCUUUGGCAUUUAUGUUGGUUGAUGGUAUUGAAAUUGCAAUGAUUGAUUUACGGCUCUCUUAUCUGAUUUUGGCUACAAUGCAAAAUCAGCUAAUAAAGUGACCUUUCCAUUUUUAAUUGGCAAA